GCUCCCGCGGACGCUCAGCCCUCGGCUUCUGCAGACGCCUCCCGAGACUCCAUGGAUCUGGCGGUUUGAGCAGCCGCGGCUACAGCCCGGGGAGCUCCGCGAGCCCCAUCCUCCCUCCAGCUGCCGUGACAACUUCGGGGCUGACUGUUGACUUCCGCGUCCCCGGGACUCUCUGCCCUGCGCCGCAGCCACCCGUGCCGCCGUGCGGGCUCUGGAGUCGGCCGCCAGGACUCCUCGACGGCGCCCCCGGAAAGGGGGACCAGGAGGGGCUCCACGACGAGCAGAAGCCCCCCGGCCCCCACCAGCUGCGCGGCCUCCCGUGACUGCCUGCGUCCUGGGGUUCUGAGAGGGACCGUGCGCUGCCCGGGGAAGCAAUGCAAGUCUCCAUAGCCUGCACAGAGCACAAUUUGAAGAGUCGGAAUGGCGAGGACCGACUUCUGAGCAAGCAGAGCUCCACCGCCCCCAAUGUGGUGAACGCGGCCCGGGCCAAAUUCCGCACGGUCGCGAUCAUCGCGCGCAGCCUGGGGACCUUCACGCCCCAGCACCACAUUUCCCUCAAAGAGUCCACCGCAAAGCAGACGGGCAUGAAAUAUAGGAAUCUCGGAAAAUCAGGACUCAGAGUUUCUUGCUUGGGUCUUGGAACAUGGGUGACAUUUGGAGGUCAAAUUUCAGAUGAGGUUGCUGAACGGUUGAUGACAAUCGCCUAUGAAAGUGGCGUUAACCUCUUUGAUACUGCCGAAGUCUACGCGGCUGGAAAGGCUGAAGUGAUUCUGGGGAGCAUCAUCAAGAAGAAAGGCUGGAGGAGGUCCAGCCUGGUCAUAACAACCAAACUCUACUGGGGUGGAAAAGCUGAAACGGAAAGAGGUCUGUCAAGAAAGCACAUUAUCGAAGGACUGAAGGGCUCCCUCCAGAGGCUGCAACUUGAGUACGUGGAUGUGGUCUUUGCAAAUCGACCAGACAGCAACACCCCCAUGGAAGAAAUCGUUCGAGCCAUGACACACGUGAUAAACCAAGGCAUGGCAAUGUACUGGGGUACUUCAAGGUGGAGUGCUAUGGAGAUCAUGGAAGCCUAUUCUGUAGCAAGACAGUUCAAUAUGAUUCCACCGGUCUGCGAGCAAGCUGAGUACCAUCUUUUCCAGAGAGAGAAGGUGGAGGUCCAGCUGCCAGAGCUCUACCAUAAAAUAGGGGUUGGCGCCAUGACAUGGUCUCCACUUGCCUGUGGAAUCAUCUCAGGAAAAUAUGGAAAUGGGGUGCCGGAACGUUCCAGAGCUUCGCUGAAGUGCUACCAGUGGCUGAAGGAAAGAAUUGUGAGCGAAGAAGGCAGAAAACAGCAAAACAAACUCAAAGACCUUACCCCAAUUGCUGAGCGUCUGGGCUGCACACUACCUCAGCUAGCUGUUGCGUGGUGCCUGAGAAACGAGGGUGUAAGUUCUGUACUCCUGGGAUCCUCCACUCCAGAGCAACUCAUUGAAAACCUUGGUGCCAUUCAGGUUCUCCCAAAGAUGACAUCUCACGUGGUCAAUGAGAUUGACAACAUCCUGCGCAACAAGCCCUACAGCAAGAAGGACUACAGGUCCUAAGGCAAUGCAUGAGCCAGAAGCUGUAUGGUUCCAAUAGCAGCUUGUGCCCAGCACAGAACGGUUCAGUUCCUAGCCAGUCUUUCGAGUCACUUAGCAGCCUGCUGCUCAGCCUCUAGUGUCCCUGGAUUCUUUGAGGUGUCUGCUGUCACUACCACUGUGCACAUCUGAAAACUCACAACCAAGAAAAUCCAUUCUAUUUUCUUAUCUGGGGCUGGAGUCGCCUGUUCUUGCAUCGCUUCAUGCACCUCACACACAGGCGAUGAGAAGAAUGUGGGGGGAAAGAGAAUCUGCCUUCGGGCAUUUGGUAACUCAGAGAAGGCUGUACAGAUAUAUUUUUUCAAAAUCCACAGAUGCAAUGUGAAUUGUGUAAGAAAUAGAGUAGGAUAUCUUCACUCAAAAGUCUUGCUAGGGAGAAUAAUUAGAAUUUUACUUUUUUUUGCCUAUUUUCACGAUCAUUUUUGUUUCACUUGUCAUUAAACAAAACUAAAACUUCUAGGCAUUUGCUUUAUAUAACUUUCAAAUAGUUGCUGUUGCUUGGCCCCAAGAUGGCCCUGUACAUACAAGCAUUUAUGCAGGAUGUCUCUUAGGAUUCUAAUAAUGUUAUGUCCAUUUACAUGUGGAGAUGGUAAGGGAUGAAUAAUCUUUAACUAGAGAUGUCAUGGCUAGUUUGCUAAAGAGACAGUUACUUUGCUAUGGAAACUGAGCUUUGAAUAAAAUGCAACGUAUCUGCAAUUAAGUGUUCAUUUUUUACUACAUUUUAUUAAAACCUGCUUUCUACUCUCAACUGCUAGGCACAACUUCUGCAAGUUCAAAUACUUGAGCUUCAAAAAUAAAUAGACACACACUCAGUUUUGUUAGUAAACUUGUAAAAUACCCAGAAAGGUGAAUGUUCACUGUUUAAUAGUGCUGGGGUUUUACAAUCUAACACUUGGUAUUUUGAAGGAGUUGUUAAUAUGAAAGUCAAUCAACAGGCUUUGUGAGGAACACUACGACAUGAUUCAGAAUAUGCUGGGUGAAUGGACUUGCCUGGUGAAAGAAAACUGUUCAAAGAACUUUCUGAUCCUAUAGUAACAUUAUAUGCACUCAACUAUAUGCAUGAAAGUCCCCUGCAUGGAUUCAAGGGGCUUAGCCUUGGUGUACUCAGAAUCUGAGGUCUAGCUAUCCCUGCCACCAUUGGCUAUAUACCCUCAUGAAUAUCCCACUUGAGAAAAACUGUGAGAAUAUAUUGUGUACUGGUACCUGUAAAAAGGGAGAAAACAUGUUUUUCUUCCCUUUUGGGGGGUGGGGAUGGUCCUUUAACUGUAUUGGAGCAUCUGAGGAUGUAAAGACUCUAAUAACUUUCUGGUCAGCAGGCUCCCCCUAUGGAGAUCACUUUGAAAUUUACAGAAUAUGCUACUUUCUGUCAUCAUUUCUAGAUAUGUAUUUCAUGGUUAAGUUCUAACUCUUAAAAUGUUAGUGGGAAAAGCCAACAAAUUUUCAUUUUGGUUACUUACUACCUGUAUUCUAAUAGGGAUUUUGGAUUUUUUGCCCAAGUAUCAGAGUAAUGGUGGAAAUGGAUCAUUUUUUCAGCUAUUCACUGUGUAUUCAAUUCAGUGAAUCACUGUAUGUGUAAACGAGCGAGUGUGCUGUCUAAUGGGAAAUGCGAUUUAACUGAUUUAUUGCUUAGAAUAAUAAAAGCAUUUUGUGCAUUCAAUCUCA